UUCCUGACCCACACACAUCAUGGGCUGGUAACAAACAUAAGGACAACCUAGGGCUUGAUUUGCUCUUUUGACUGCCUAGCCCUUUUUUCCCCUUCCUGCUGGUACUUGGUCACCAGCUGAAAGUGUAUAGUUUUUUUCCUAUGCUACUUUAAGCAACAGGUGCCUUUUUUGCUUCCUUGAAGGGGGCCCUGGCACAAGCAAAAGUUUUACUGGGACUCUAACAGGAAAGGCACAGAAAGUCAUUGUGGUGCUUUUGAUUGGAAAACUAUUCCGGACCGGGGAAUUGACUCUUGAGAUUGUGCUUUCAGCCUGUUAGUGCAUGAGAGAGAUGGAAGCACGGUCCUCCACCACCAUGACUACACUAGUCGAGAUCAAGAAUGACGUGAGUCUACAUCCAACACGUUCGUCCAAACGCACCUUAACCGAUGACCUGUACACCACGUUCAGCUCCCCCAUGGCCUGGAUCCUCGUGCUGGCUCUCGUUGUAACCUGGUCGACUGUGGCUGUCAUAAUGUUUGACCUGCUCGACAGCAAGGGUAUUGAAGGAGAUAUACAGCACAUCAGCCCUCAUCCCAUGAAGUCGGUGAGUGAAGCCACGGAAGACUCUACUGAUUGGAUAACGUCAACCUUGACUUUUAUGACUAAUUUGCUAGCACCGGAAGAGGAGGAGGAGCAAGGUGAGCGUCAUUUUGUGAGGAAAAAAGGAGAAUUCUUGCCACCGAGGAAAAAAGUUGCAGAGAUAUGGGCCAAGGAGAUGUUAGAAGAGGAAGGGGAUUAUGAGGAGGAAGAGGAGGAGGAAGAGGAAGAUGAGGUGCUUGCUCAUGAAGAAGAGGAGGAAGAAGAAGAAUAUGGGGAUGAAGAGGUAGAAGAAAGUGAUGAGGAGAUCGUAGAGGAGGAAGAAGAGGAGGAGGAAUUAGCAAAGGAAGCGGUGGUGGAGGAAAAGAGAAAAGAAGAGGAGGCUGAAGAAAAGGAGAAAGAGGAAGCUGAUGCUGAUACUGAGGAAGAAAAGGAAGAUGAAGAGGAGGAAGCAGCAGCAGAAGCUGUGCAGAAGGAGGAGGACAAAGAAAAGGAGGAAGAGGAAGCUGAUGCAGAGGAAGAAAAUGAAGAUGAAAAGAAGGGAGUGGCAGCAGAAGCUGUGCAGAAGGAGGAGGAAACAGAAAAGGAGGAAGAGGAAGCUGAUGCUGAGCAGGAAGAAGAACAUGAAGAGAAAGCUGCUGCUGCUCCUGCUGUCAAAAAGAAAGAUACUUCGAUCCCUGCUGAACCUGAUGAGGAGAAAGAGGAAACUGCAGAACAAGUCACUUCUAAAGAAACUGAGGAAGCUGAUGAUGAGGAGGAGGAGGAGGAGGAGGAGGACAAAACUGAUAGAGAUAAAGAACCACCUGAGGAAGAAGAUGGAAAAGAAGAUACUCCUGCUGAUGAUAAAGAUGAUGACCAAAGUGAGGAAAAAGAUGAUGACGAUGAGGUCCAAGAGGCUGAUAUCGCCAUAGCUGUUGAAGUACAAGAGACUGGUGAGGAAUCUAUACUUCUUAAAGCUGAUGGUGAUUCAAAGCUAUUAACAACCAUAGAGGAGAGUGCUGCUAAAGCUGAUUUAGCUGACUCACAAGAUGGCUUAAGCGCUACUGAUGACCAUGAUGGUAAGAUAACAAAAGAGCUAGCUGACGAUCAUGGUGAGGUUACAGAAGACAGUCUUAAAGAUGAGACUGGUGCUGGACUGAUAGACGCUGACUCUGAGAAAGAUAUAACACGUGAAGUUGAGGGUGUUUUUGAGGAGCCUGAGCUAGCCGAUGAUGUUGCAGAUAAGGAGGAGCAGGAGCAAGAGGGAAAAGAGGAGGGAGAGGAACAGAUAAGGGGUGAGGAUGAUGAUGCUGCUGCUGAUGAUGAUGAUAUUAUAGUAACAGCACCUGUAGUUAGUUCCGAACCAGGUGGAGAUGAGACAACAGUGGUGGCUGAUGAAGAUUGUGACUCUUCACCUGAAAAAGACAUAACAACCCUGAAAGAAGAGGAGAAAGAUGAAAAGGAUGAAAGCGCAGAGGAGGUGGAAAUUGCUGAAAAAGCACCAGAACCAGUCCCUAAAGGAUCUCGAGCCUCAGAGGAUGUGGAAGUGUCAGCUGCUCCAGCUCUGAUACAGGAUCGUGAGUGCAACUCAUAG